AAAAGAAAAGAAAGAAAGAAAAGAAAAAAAUGGCAAUAAUAUAAUCCACUUGCUUUGCGAGACCAUUAAGAAGAUUUUGGUAAAUAUUAGCUAAUGUACAGCUCGAUGCUUGCUAUUAAGAUUUACUGAUUUCAAUAGAAAGUAACCUAAAAACUGUGCUGCUUACAUAACCCAGACAAAAGGGCCAAUCUCUACUCACCUAAUAGUUCAAAAAAUACAUAUUGGCUCUGUGUGUGGUGGGAUUAAAGGCCAUUGUCUAAGCAAAGCAGGAUAUGGACUGUGUUAUAAUGGGUCUGCCGUGUGAAUGAUGGGUUUGGUCAGAGGAUGAAUUUAUCCUGUAUUCUUGCAUUCUCUAGGUUUAAUUCUUCUCACUCUUUGAAUAAAUACAUCAACAGCACUGGCUAGCCCAGUACAUGGACAAAAUACCUUCAGUACACGCCAGAUUUUAGAAAACAAAUCCAACAAUAAAAGCUGCCUUUAAAUCUCCGUUUCUUACGUAACAGGGACGUUGUAUAGAGAGAUUAACAAGGUAUCUCGUUUCUUCCUGGUGUGAUCUUAUUUUCAUCUUACAAAUAUGGACUUAUACUUAUCCAUGUCUAUAUAGUCUCCUGUAUCUUUGUGAACACUUGGAAAUCUCAGCGUGCUUCUGGGAAUAGGCUGGGAGAUUGAUGAUAACUAAUUGUUUCUGGUGAGAGUUAUUCGGACGGAGCAAGAGAGCCGUCGAGCGUGGCAAAGGAGAGGAGGGAAACGCCAGAACAGAACCCAUGCCUGCUGCCCGGGGACCUCAGCUGGUGGUUUGUCAUGUCUUAGCAUGACGGUAUUCAAGGCCAUGUGAGGUCUGGGGAAAAAAAUACAUAUUCAGCUUGGGGCUUGGUCUGGGAACCACCAACUGCCUUGAUUUAAACCGCACGACUCCACUAUCCAAUUAACGUUUCAGGCUAAUACACAUUAGCAUCAGUCCACUGGCCAAAGCCCACAAUAAAUUAGGCUGGGUUUAAAAGAAAUCAGCCUGCGUGCAGAGACCAACUCCCAACACUGCUUCCUUGCUUUUCCCAGUUGUGGAUGCUUCGGGUCAGAAAAUGUUUAAGACGUUGAUCCGGGUGUUGACCGAAAGAAUGUUCAAACGAGUUCGGAAAUGGUUUAUCACUCGAAUUUGGGGGCAUUCUCGGCGAAGAGCGAGGCUGGUCUCCAAAGAUGGAAGGUGCAACAUUGAGUUUGGCAACGUGGAGGCACAGUCAAGGUUGAUAUUCUUUGUGGACAUCUGGACAACCGUGCUGGACCUCAAAUGGAGAUACAAAAUGACCAUCUUCAUCACAGCCUUCUUGGGGAGCUGGUUCUUCUUUGGUCUUUUGUGGUAUGCCGUCGCUUACAUUCACAAAGAUCUCCCGGAGUUCCAUCCUCCCGCCAACCACACGCCCUGUGUGGAACACAUUAAUGGCUUGACCUCAGCCUUUCUGUUUUCUCUGGAAACGCAGGUGACCAUCGGCUAUGGAUUUAGGUGUGUGACGGAACAAUGCGGCACUGCCAUUUUUCUGCUUAUCUUCCAGUCUAUCCUUGGAGUCAUCAUCAAUUCUUUCAUGUGUGGUGCCAUUUUAGCCAAGAUCUCCAGACCUAAAAAACGUGCCAAGACCAUCACUUUCAGCAAGAAUGCAGUGAUCAGUAAGCGGGGUGGGAAGCUUUGUCUCCUGAUCCGAGUGGCUAAUCUUCGGAAGAGCCUCCUAAUUGGCAGUCACAUAUAUGGAAAGCUUCUGAAGACCACCAUCACCCCCGAAGGAGAGACCAUUAUUUUGGACCAGAUCAAUAUCAACUUUGUGGUUGAUGCGGGGAAUGAAAACCUGUUCUUCAUCUCUCCAUUGACAAUUUACCACAUUAUUGAUCACACCAGCCCCUUCUUCCACAUGGCAGCAGAAACCCUUCCCCAACAGGACUUUGAAUUAGUGGUGUUUUUAGAUGGCACGGUGGAAUCAACCAGUGCUACCUGCCAAGUCCGGACAUCCUAUGUCCCAGAAGAGGUGCUCUGGGGCUACCGUUUCGCUCCCAUUGUGUCCAAGACCAAGGAAGGCAAAUAUCGAGUGGAUUUCCAUAACUUUAGCAAGACGGUGGAAGUGGAGACACCUCACUGUGCCAUGUGCCUUUAUAAUGAGAAAGAUGCUCGAGCCAGAAUGAAGAGAGGCUAUGACAACCCCAACUUCAUUUUGUCAGAAAUCAACGAAACAGAUGAUACCAAAAUGUAACAGUGGCUUUUCAACAGGAGUAAAGCAAAAUCAUGAAGAUUCCUAGUGACUAGAAGCAUUAUGAAACAAUCAGCGAUUUGGGGGGCAUGAAAGUAGAACAAGAGCCCCUAAGGUCUCCUGGCAUGGUGCCCCUGGACCCCUUAACCCUGAUGCUACAAGACAUAGCUCUGCAAAGCAACUGCAUGAGAGCGUGUACUGGGUUGAUAGGAAACUGGAAAUGGAAGUCAUAGGAACUCACAGAACAUCUUGAAUAGGACUAUUUGAAGUCAGGCAGUGUUAAUGGGAACAAAUAAAACCGUCCAAAGACUCUUGGAUGGGGCAAAUGAGGUCUUUUUAAGUGUCUCCCUGAAGAAGUUGUGAGCUUUAGGUGGGAUCUGGGAAAAGCCAUAUUCUUAUUUUGAUUCUAUUGAUAAGAAAGAAGCCGCUCUUCUUUCAGCAUUGGCUUUUAUUGGAGGAAACAUUGUGUCCUAAGUUGGAGGAGAUGAACCAAUCAAAGACAGAAAAGACUGCUACAUAAUGGACAUUUGUGAGGCUCUGACCUUCUCUAACUCUGGUUGUUGGAGCUUUCACCUUAGUCUGGGUCAUGCUGUGUUUCCAGGGAAGCAAGGAAAGGCUCAGUUCACAGACUCCACAUCGCUGCCUAUGCAAAAUGGAGCGGAGUGCUGAGUCCAGCCUGUUCUACGGCUUAUCCAGACCCUGCAGCUAAGCUGGGUUUUGGCCCAAGUGAGCUCGCACGGUACAUUUAGACAGAAGCUAAACUACCAGUCUAGAAUCUCAAUGAGCACCUUCCUGCAAGACAGAAUGUUUGAUUUGAAAAUGGGGGUAAGAGCUCUUCCAAUUUGUGGUAGAUGGGAGAAGGAUGGGAGAAGGAGCUACAAAUCUGUUAAAAGAGUUUUUUUCUGAUCUUCCAAAAAGGCAACAAGGAGUUUGCAGGUGUCAAGUCAGUUUAGAAGAGAACAUACUGCCAGUGCACCUGAGAAAGUGCAUCUGCUGUAUUCAGGCUGAGGGUAUGGAGAAGAGUGAAAGGGAAGGGGAUCCCCCAGUGAGGAAGCUGCUGGCUCUCCCUUCCUCCGAUCCCAACACCACAUCUUCCUCAGAGACCCAUAUAACUAAGGUUUCCCACCUAUUUUAUUACUAUUUUGAAUGUAUUUGGAGAGGGCGGUACUCAAUGCUGCUUAGGAAUCAGGAUGUUCCAGCCUGUUGAUUAAUACAUUAAAGCUCUGAAACUGUGCAUGUA